AGGCAUCUUGUAGACACGACGCUUUGGUUCCCUAUAUUGCACUAUGUGACAUUUACCAAUAAAAGCCCUCCUGGGCAAAGCCCACGGCUGCUGUAUUGUGGAGCAGAUGAUGCUAUGAGGAAAGAAGUCAGCAAUGACUGAUGUGGAGCCGGGGGUCACAGAUUUCGCCGCCUCGGGAAGGGCAGGACGCCGGAACGCCUUACCAGAUAUCCUGGGCUCUCCCGCUGGAGCAGGGACUGCAGACCUGCCGCACAAGCUGGCCGAGCUCUCUGUGUCAGAAGAUGAAGGAGCAGAGGGUGGAGAGGUAUCAUCAUCCAAAGCAUCGCUGGAAAGUCAAGAUUCAGAAGGAAAAAGCAGUGAUUCCUAACACCUAAGAACUUGCUGGAUUAAUGAAACCCAUCAACAGACUUUCUAGAGUUUCCCUGUGUCACCAGUUCUGAAGUGUGGUAGCAACUGUAGCAAGAGACGACAUUUUACAUCACAUUUCUAUCUAGAUAACAUUAACAUGGAAAUAAAGAUUUUUUUUUCUACAAUAGUCCAUUGAAAACAAUGUUCUACCCAUCUAAAUGGGAGAACUAAAGAAUGUAUCUGUUGUUUGGAGGUUUUUUAAUAGUUGUAAUACUCAUUCUAACCAGUCUUCUUUGGUAGUUUCAAAUAGAACAGUUAGCAGAUGUACCAAAAAAAUGACUGCUUCAGAAUAAAAUUURUAUUUCUUAAUUUUCCAAAAUAACUUUUUUCUCUCUAACAUGUAAGUAUAUUCACUCUUCACCUUAAGGUGAUGUUAAGUGUGUAUUAAAUUACAGACAACCAUCUGUAAUUUAUUUCCUGGGAUUUUUGUUCUCCUUAGGGAUAUAUAGAUAGGGUAAAGAAAAAAGGGAAAAAUAUCUUUUU